AGAUAGUACCUAUGUCAUCUUGUCAUACCUACGUCAAGAAAAUGGAAAUUAUUGGAAAAUUGACUUUAAGUUUGACACUUUGCAAAUAAAUAUCUCAAAAACUCGUUGUUUUACAAUUUUGUGCGAUGUAAUAUUUUAAAAAUGCUAUAGAAAUAAUACGAGUAAGAUCUUUCUGAGAGCCUCAAAUCGUAGCCAGGUUGUAAUUUAAUGACAUGGUGGUAAACAGAGCGUGUCAACAAUGCUAAGUCGAUUUUCCGACGUUCUGCAGAGUGCCGCAGACGUUCUGGCGCCGCCGGCGUCCCGGCUGGAGGACCUGGAGUACCACUGGAAGAUGGUGGUGAACUUCUACCAGGCCUACGACGAGAGCAGCAAGCUGCACAUAGAGGACACGCGCGUGCCGCACCAUCUGCACCAGAUGCUACAGCUGAUAGUGGAGGAGCAGACGGAGCAGGCGGACGGCUGCGUGGGUCCGUGCCUGGAGGCGGUGGUGCGGCGCCGCGUGGCGCUGCUGGACGCGCUGGCCGCGCUGGCCCGGGCCGACCGGCCGGCGGGGGCGCGCUCCGCCGCGCUCGCGCUCGCCGCCGCGCUGCUGCGCCGCACCAAGCAGCCCUGCCUGCACAGCGCGCACGUGUACAGGCCGCUGCAGCGGAUGCUGGUGCAAUGCAACGAGAGUCCCGCGUCCCCCACUGAGAAGGAAGAAGUGGAGCUGCUGCUGACGCUGUGCGGGCUGGUGCGCAAGGAGCCCGGCCUCGCCAACCUGUUCACGACGCCCUACGCGGACGAGCGCGCCGGCCUGUCGAGCGUGCCCGAGGACAUCCAGCGCCUCUUCCCCGUCCGCGGCAAGGCGCGCGCGCCCAAGAGGAACCCGCUGUUCGACGUGGAGCCGCCGCGCGCGCGCGUGGCGCUCGUGCGCCUCGGCCGCGACGACGAGGACGAGGACGAGGCGGGCUCGGGCCGCAGCCACAAGACCGUGUACGACGACAACGACAAGUUCCUGCUCAUCGACCUGCUGCUCACCUACCUGAACAGUGCCGACAACCAGGUGGUGCUGCGCGCGUGCGAGGGCAUCAUGAUCGUGUGCUCGCUGCCCGAGGACGACAUCGCCAACCUGGUGACCAGCAGCCCGGCCUGCGAGCGCGUGGUGGAGCAGCUGCUGCGCAAGUACCGCGCCGUGCCGCCCGACCUCGACCCCGGCGACGUGGACCAGCUCAACAUCACCUGGGCGUACGUGUCCCCGGAGUUCUGCGAGCAGAGCGCGGCGCGGUUCCCGGGCCGGCGGCAGCUCACCGCCUUCUUCUCGUGGCUCGACUACUGCGACACGCUCAUGAAGGAGUGCCACCCCAUCAUCGCGGCGCACCUGGCGCGCGUGUUCCGCUCGCACUUCCUGGAGGCGGCGGCGGAGGCGCUGGGCGGCGCGGAGCGGGGCGGCGCGGAGCGGGGCUCGCCGCGCGCCGCGCUGCUGGCCACGGCGCUGCUGGCCAAGUGCCUGCGCGUCGUGGACUCGCCCGACCUCAUCAACGAGUUCUCCAACUGGCUGGUGGGCGAGGGCCACCUGGCGGAGUGGCCGCUGCUGCUGGCGCUCAUAGACAACUGCCUCACGGACGACCACGACCUCACGCUGGAGACGCUGCGCUUCUUCGAGGUGAUCAUAGAGAAGGGCACGGAGCACAGCAUGGACCGGCUGGUGCUGUCGCGCGUGUGCGCGCGCGCACACUGCGCGCCGCCGGCCGCCUCGCCCGCGCCGCUGCAGGAUGAGAGGGACAGGCUCAACGACCUCUCCUUCGCGAGGGAGCGGGAGAGGAACAGGGAGGCGCUGCAGCAGCUGCAGCACGAGCAGCACGUGAGCUCGCACGUGAGCGCGCUGCUGGCGCACGAGCCGUGCGCGCCGCUGCUGCACCGCACCAUCAACAGUUUCCUGCUGCUGCUGCCGCGCGCCGUGCUGUCGGAGCCGGGCGGCGCGGACUGCGCGCACUACGUGCACGACGCGCAGCGCCACUACCAGUUGUGGCUGGAUAUCACGUCCUCGUACAGCUGGCGAGUCGGCAGCAACGGCGGCGACACCGUGCCCGACAACACGGCGAGCUCCACGCACAGCUACGACAGCCGACCCGAGGCCGACAUGCACCUCCACGCGCGACUCGACCCCGACCACGGGGACGCAGAUCGUCUUGUCGAGCAGCCCCUCGACGGUCGUAACGAACCAGACACGUCCAAUAUAAUCACUCAACAACCGUUCAUUAAUAAAUCGAUCAACCACACAUAUACCCCAAAUAAUACUAGGCGACAAUCUCUCGACGAGAGACACGACAACCACUACCUGCGUGCGACCAACAGGAGACUAUCUCACGUAGAUAGACGCGAUACAACUAUCGACGCUGACUAUCAACGUGGCUCGCCCGCCCCGACCAGGACUACCGACGACGACACUUUAGAUUCACCUCAAGCUGAAUUCAGAAAAAGCGGAAACUGCCGGUUUACUCAAAAACUAGUAAUACACAGUAGAGAUGACCCCGAAAGUUUCCAAGAGGAAUUCGAUGAGGGUCCAUUUUUACGGAUGCUUUUCAAACUGUUAUCGACGAUGCCCGACCAGCCUUACCAAGUGAACUUGCAUCUGACUUCGAUCAUUUCGAAACUGGCGCUGAUCCCCCAUCCCGACCUCCACGAGUACCUGCUGGAGCCGUGCCUGCCGACCGCCGCCGCCACGCGCACGCUGUUCAAGACGCUGCGAGCAGUGGCGGGCAGGCUGAGCGCCGACAUCCCGCGCAUCAAGAACUUCCGCGCUGUGAUCGAGAGCACCAGGCUGCAGCUCAUGAGCGAAGACCCCGCCUACGACGAAAUCGGCGAGCACAACCAGCUGGUGGAGAGCCUCAUCGUGCUGGAGGAGUUCUGCAAGGAGCUGGCCGCCAUCGCCUUCGUCAAGCACCAGCACCAGUACCUCGCCGCACAGCGGUAGCCGCGCCGUCAGCGUGCCGUCUGUCCGCGCUGACCGUCGGUGCUGGUCGGUGGAGCCAGUCGGCGUUAUUCGGCAAGGCUCUACAGUCAUGCAAUCGUUUUGAUGAUGAAGAUGAUGAUGACGAAAUGAUGCAGAAACCCCAAUCCGACCUUGCUCCUGCAGGUCGAAUUGGGGUUUCUGGAUCAUUUCGAGUAGCGGGAAAUAUAGAAUUACUUGUACCUGGACCUUUCUAAUCCCCGCUGGUCGAAAGGAUCCAGAAGCCGCAAUUUUACAUAAAACCCAAUUAUAUAUUUAAUUGGGCGCGGCGCGGCGGGAGGUUGCUAUAAGUUAUUAUUUAUUUACACGUAAGUAGUUAUCAUCGCGCUAGUCUGACAAUUGUGGCCCAUUCCGUUGUACACAAUCUCUAAACUAAAAUGACUGCUAUAAAUACAUUGAUACUUUCACAAUACUUUCUGUGGAAAACGAUAGGGUUAUAUUUAGAACAAUGCAGUUAGAGUUCGGUACAGCUGAACCGUCCACUCUAGUGCCGAUUCAGUUUGACACAAAAACUAAGUUGACAGGAUAGAAAAAAUAAUCUAUAUGUUAUAGGUGUAAUCAAUAGAUAAAUAUCGAUUUAAAUCCAUGAUUUUUGAAAAUUAAUAGAUUUUUGUAAUAAAAGAUGUCACUUGAACUUGUCAAUUUAGUUAAUUAGUGUACAACCGAAUUACACUAAAUAUAAUAUUAAUGAAUAGUUUGUACACAGCCGAAUAUAUUUAAAACAUUAAAUAAUAAAAUUAUUAUGAUCUUGUGAAUUGUAUGUUCGAGUAUUGUUCUUGUUUUAAUAUUCUAUGACUGCACUUAAUGGGGUAUUAAAUAAAUUAAUUGUUAUAUUUUUUCAUGUAAUAAGCUUCCAAUGGCAUUUUUAUGAAGUUAUUUAUUUAAGUUGUUAGAUAUUUAUUUGAAGGCUUGGCGCACGACGCGCGACAAAUCCCCCGUAUCGUGCAGAUUCUGUCGCGAUUUGUGUGUCCAAGCCCUUAGCUGCAGCAAAGUCAACCCGUUUCUAGUCUACGGAGCGAUGUUUUUGAAACAUUCCUUCUAAAAUGUAUUUUGUUUAAUCCUAAAUACAAAUAUUGUAUAGUU